AAUUUGCAAAUUCUUUUUUUUUAAAUAAAAAUCAUUGGUGCUUGUUGAAAUUAUUUAUCAUUUUUUUAAAAAAAAUCUUUAAAAUGUCUUCGAACGAAACGAUAAACGGUUCGACAAUAAGAAAAUUUCUUGAUGAAUUACAACAUAAUUUUAAUCAAUUAGCCAGUGAAUCAAAGAAAAAAUUUCCACAUGUUAAAGAGGCAUGUGAAACAGGUAUAAUUCGCGUUCGAAAUGUUUCAUCAUCAUCAACAACAACAACAUUGACUAAUUUUAAAGAUAUACUUUCGAAUGAAAGUGCACAAUUAAUGGAACCAUUUUUUAUGGGUUGUGAUACACGUUGGCCAAAAUUAGUACAGAUUAGUUUGAAUUCGAUACAAAAAUCAAUUCUAUUUGAAUGUUUGAAUAAACAGGCAGCCGAAAAUUUAAUCAAUUGUUUAUGGAAUCUUAUGGAACAUAAUUUGGAAGAAGUAAAAGUUUUACAAACAAUUACCCUAUUGAUAACAACAAAUCAAUUAAUACAAGAUGAACAUUUAGCUAAAGUAAUAUCAUUAUGUUUUCGUUUAUAUAAUUCAAAAAAUUCAACAACAGCCAAUACAGCAUCGGCUACUAUUCGACAAUUAAUAACAGCAAUAUUUGAACGUGUUCCAAAUGAAAACAACGACGAUAAUAAUGAUAAUGAUAAUGAGCAAACAACAAUGGAUAAGUCAAAAUUAUUCGAAAUUAUUGUUUCGAAUGAUAAACAAGAUUAUUGUCAACGUUAUGUACCGAUACGAUUUCGUCAAACAAAACCGGCAUGUAUGGAUGCAUAUAAUUUGAUGCAAGAUCUUAUACAGAUAAUAAAUGGUGAAACAACAUUUUGGUUGAAAACAACAACAUCUUCAGCCGAUAUUGGAAAAUUAUUUGCAUUAGAAUUAUUAGAAUUAAUUAUUGAUCAAUAUUCAAAAAUUUUCUAUGUUUAUGAUGAAUUUAUUUUUAUACUUAAAGAUAAAGUAUGUCAAGUAGUGAUAAAAUUAUUUGCACCAAAUCUUAAAUCGAUUCGAAGUAAUAAUCGUCAUCAUCAUCAUCAUCAUCAUCAACAUAAUCAUCAAUUACCAUCAUUGCUUCAACGUGGUGGUGAUGAUGGUUUGAUCAAUGUUGAUUCAAUAUCGGAUAAUUUAACGAAUCAUCAAACAUUGAAAAUUUCACCCACACAACAAUGGUCAACAACAGUUCGUUUAAUGCGUAUUGUUACUAUUUUGAUAAAAAAUUAUUUUAAAUUAUUAAUAACUGAAUGUGAAAUAUUUUUAUCACAAUUAAUACGAUCAUUAGAAGUGGAUAAAUUUAAUUGGCAACGAUUGAUUGCAUUAGAAGCAUUAUAUAAAAUAUUGGAUGCACAAACAUUAUCUUCGCUAUGUGAAUAUUAUGAUUCAUCUGAACAAAGUUCAAAAAUUCUUUUCAAUAUUAUAAAUGCAUUAUGUAUAUUUAUACAAUCACAAUUUCAAAUUAUUGAUUCAUCAACCACUCAAAGUUUAAUUGCAUCAUUAGUUAAUAAUAAUAAUAGUGGUAAUAUUAUUGGUGUUGGAAAUCAAUUUUCACCUGUUACAAGUACAUCUUUGAAUCGAACAACAACCAUUUCAACCGAUCAAUUUCCUACAUUUAAUCUGAGAAACAUUACAACAACCUUGUUAUUUAUACCAUUCAAUAAUGAUUAUCGUUAUAAAACAUUUUAUAUUGAUCAAUUGGAUAAACAAGAACCACCACAGGCACCAAAUGGUCAUGGCCUGAGUACGGGUAUUGCUUGUGUAUUUGAGGUGGCCAAUUCAUUAAUGAAAAUUAUUGAAAAUUAUCUUGAAAUCAGAAUUGAUACAAAAUCGGAAAAUAAUUGUAAAUCGAUAAUUCAAAAACAUCUUGCUCAACAACAACAACAACAAACAGAUAAAGUAAAAUUACAUCGACAAUUAAUAUUAUCAACUUAUAAUGGUUUGAUUGGAUCAUUUUCAUUAUUACUUGAUGCUUCCAUUGAUGAAAAAUGUACUGAAUUAAUUUUGGAUCAAAUACAAAAACUAAUCAUUAUAUAUGGCCUAUAUGAUAUUGAUGUAGCACGUGAUUUAUUACUGAUUUCAUUAUGUAAAUCGGCAUUACCUUCGAAUUAUUGUCUAUUAUCAGCAUUAAAUCCUGAUAAUAUUUCUACCGGUGAUUUUCUACAUCAACAAAAAACAAACAAAUCAAAUGAAGAAACAACCAGCUCAACAAAUUCGUUGUCCACAAAUUCAAAUGUAUCAUCUAUGGCUGCCAAUCUAUAUACAUCGAAAAAUUUAUUAUCAAAUUCAUCAAUUAAUCUUAGUAAUCUUCUUCAACAACAAAAUAAUCAUCCACAGUCAAUGAAUUCAAAUAAAUCAACAUUAGAAUCAUCAUCAUCAACAACAACAGCAACAACAAAUAAUAAUUCAUCAUUGAAUUAUGAACAUAAUCGUCAAGUGAUUGCUGUUGGUACACCAUUACCAGUGAAUAAUAAUAGUCAAACAUUUGGUAAUAAUUCUACUAUUCAAUCUCAACAACAACAACAACAGAAUAGUGGUCCGGUUAUGUUGAUAACAAAAAAUCUUCAAUGUAUGCAUUCAAUUAUGCAUAUAUCAAUGAAAUAUGGUGAUUUAUUUGGUGAAAAAUCAUGGCAUAUUUGUUUUACUACAUUGCAACAUUUAGUAUGGAUUCUUGGUAUCAAAUUGAAUAAUUCUAAAGCAUUUAAAUUGAGAAAUUUUCAUCAAACUAAUGUUUCAAUGCAAUCUGAUCAUCAACAACAAUCAUCAAAUGUUGAACAAAUUGGUUCAACAUUGAAUGAUUUACCUGUUUUGACAGCCAUGCUUUCACGAUUAUUCGAAUGUACACAUUACGACAACAUUUCGGAGAAUUUAUCUUCGAUAUUUUUCAAUACUCAAACCAUUUCAGAUGAUUCUUUAUUGACAAUGAUAAAAGCAUUGAUUACCAUUUCAAAUGAAGCAAUGGAUAUUGCCUAUAAUAAUCGUGAACCAUCAUUAUUUGCUAUUGUCAAAAUUCAUGAAACAGCUUUAGUCAAUCUAACACGAAUUGAUUUAUUCUGGGAUCUAAUUACAAAACAUUUGAUUGAAAUUUCAUUACAUCCUUAUAAUAAACUACGGGAAAAUUCUGUUGAAGUUAUUUGUAAUCUUGUGCAAUCCAUACUAAAUUAUCGUUUUAUGAAAGAAAAAAAUGAAGAAAAUUCAUCCAAUUCAUCAGAAUUAUAUUAUUUAUUAUCAUUACAAUCAUUAUCACAAAAUAAAUUUAUCGAUAUUCGUCAAAAACAAAUUGAAUGUUUAUUACAAAUUUUACAAACAAAUGGUGAAGAUAUAACUAUUGGUUGGCCAAUAUUAUUUAAUAUUAUUGAAUCAGCAUGUUUGCAACAAAAUGAUAAACUUGUUGUACAAUCAUUUCAAUGUUAUGAAUUUAUUGUAUCAAAUCUUUUACGUUAUAUACCAUCAAUACAUUUAAUACAUUGUAUUAAUGUUGCUGUUGCAUUUGGAUCACAAGUGCAAGAAUUAAAUGUUUCAUUAUCCGCUGUUGGUCUUGUUUGGAAUGUUGCCGAUUUUCUUCAUUCAAAUCAUAAUCAAAUACAAUGUUUAAUUGAUAAUUUUAUUCAAAAUGGUCAUAAAUUUGUUAGUAUUGAUUUGCCGUUUUGUGAACAUCUUACACCUGUUCAAAGUUUAUGGAUUUCAUUGUUUAAAAAUUUAAGCAAUCUUUGUACUGAUGCUAGACUUUCAGUUCGUAAAAGUUCUGUUCAAACUUUAAUGUCAACUUUGUCGAAACAUGGACAAACAUUAGAUUAUAAUACAUGGAAGGCAAUAUUUUUCUACAUACUUUUUCCGUUGGUUGAUAGUGUACGUACAUUAUGCAGUUUGGCAUCGAAUGAAAAAAUUACACAAUCAGAAUCAUCUAAACCAAAUACAUAUGUUGAUGAUUCUCAAUCAUAUAUGAUACAUUAUUCAAGAAAUACAGCAUUCAAACAAUGGUGUGAAACACAAGUAUCGGUUAUAAAUGGUGUUUCAAGAAUUAUAAGCAUAAAACUUGAUUUAUUAAUUGAAAAUAGUUUGUUACAACAAUCGCCUGAAUCGAAUAACAAAAAUGAAACAAUUUUAUUGAACAUUUGGACAUUAUUUUUUGAAUUUAUUUAUACAUCAUCAACAUGCGCCAAUGAAGAAGUAUCAAUGUCGGCAAUCAAAUGUUUUAAUAAAAUUAUUAGUUUUCUAAAUGAUUAUCAAGCAAAUAAUAUUGACAAUGAUAGUAAUGAUGAAAUUAAUCGAUUAAUGAAUCUUAUUUGGAAAAAUGUUUGGAAAAUUUGGUGUAAAAUUGGCAAUCAUAUUGCAACGAUUAAUAAUAAUAAAUUUUCAAAUGAAAACAAUGGUUUUGAUUCGGAACAAUGUUCAAAUGUCAAUAAUACAACGGAUUUUAUACCAUCACAAUCUUACCUGUGUUUAUUCAUACAACCAUUGUGUAUAAUUUUAUCCAAAUAUAUUCAUCAUUUAACUGAAAGUGAUUUCAAAAACAUGUCAAACAUUUUACAAAAUGUAAUGAAUAUACCAUUCGAUGUGAUAGCUGAAACUUAUCAUCAUACAUCAUCUUAUCGUCAUAAUCACAAUCAUCAUCCUCAUAAUCAUAAUCAUCCGGUUAUUCAAACAACAGAUAAUUUAUCAUCAUCAUCAUCAUCACCAUCAUCAUUAUUGACAAAUCUUCAACAUGAAAUUCUUAUAACAAUGGAAAAAAUUCAAACAGAAAUUGUAUCGAAUUUAACAACAUUGAAUCAUUUGUUGCCAUUAAUUUAUUAUCAAUAUUUAACAUUUUCAUUAUAUGCAGUCAAUAUUGUGCCACCAAAUCUUGAUGUAUUCAUUAGUUCACAAUUUCAACAUCGUUUUCUGCCGGAUGAAUUAACAUCACUUAAAUCGGCUACAUUCUAUACAUUUGGUGAACUAUCACUUCGUAAUGCAUUUAAUUUAUAUCUGUGUACUUAUAUGGAACCUAUUGUUAUUAAAUCACAUAUUUUACAUUCAUUGAUUAAGGCAUAUAAAAUUCCAUUAUGUUUUAAAUAUUCUUGUCCAUUACCGACUACAUGGAAAUAUGCUGUCAAUUAUUUUAUCAAAACAUUGGAAUUAGGAUUACCAUUGGCUCGACGAUAUCCUGCUGAUUUCAUAAGCAUUUGGGCCGAUUUAGCAUUAACAUUCGAAGGUUUUCUAUUUCCAGCCAAUAAACCACCAUCGAAUCAAAAAUUAGAAGAACAACAAAUGGAUGAAUCAUUGGAUGUUAAAGUAGUCGAAUUGAUACGUGAUCAUAUAAUGAUACAUGCACAAAAAAUACCAAAAGAAUUUCUUUUACAAAUUGUUUCGAUUUUAAAUCGUGGUUCAAUUCAUUCACCAUCAAUCACUUUGAUUGAAACCGAAAUGAAUCGUAAAUUACGUGAAGAUUUUGCCAGGAUUUGUUUUCAAACAUUAUUACAAUUUUCAUUUUUUGGACCAAAAGGUAAUCCAGAUUUAUUUAUACAAUCAUCGAAAACAAAUUUAAAUUGUUCGGAAAAUAUUGGUCAAAUAUUAUCUACUGAACAAACAAUCGGUAUUGUUAAUAAAUUAGCCGUUGCAUCGAUUCUAAAACGAUUUAAUGAUGUAAUUAUAAAAUAUGUUGAAGAUGAACAAUUAUGUCCAUGUCCAUUACCAAGACAUCGUUUAAGUGAAAUAUCAUUUGUAUUAAAAGCAUUGGCAACAUUGAUUGCAUCAUUAAAAGAAGCACCACCGGCUGCUGUUGAAAAUCAUGUUUGGCAACAGCUUAUUAAUCUUUAUCCACGUAUUGUUGAUUGUACAAUGUCCAAUUCACCACAAGUAAAUAAUUCUAUACGUGAAGUAUUACAUCAAUAUGCAUGUCUUUUACAAUGUCCUGAUUCACAAUCAACAAUGAUUACUGCUGCUGUUAAACAAUUUGAAUCGAAUGGAAUUCAUAAUCAUCAUCAACAACAACAACAAACAACGCUAACAACAAAAUCACUGCCAACAAAUAAUAAAUCUUCUGUGGAUAUUAAAUCAAAAACCACGGAAAAAAAUUUUCAACGAAAUGGUAAUAGUAAAAAUGCUGAAAUUAAUAUUUAAAAAUUUUUAUACUCGAAUUGUCAUCACCCAAUGA